AUGACGGAAGAAAAAACAGCUUGCAGUGAAGAGAAUAAGGGCUCUGGAACCGUGAAGGACUGUUUUCCAGGACCAGUGAAAUUCGAGGAUGUGGUUGUGAUUUUCACUGAGGCAGAGUGGAAGAGACUGAGCCUUGAGCAGAGGAACCUAUACAAAGAAGUGAUGCUGGAGAAUUUCAGGAGUCUAGUCUUGUUGGAUUCAAAGCCAGAAGUCCAUCCCUGGCCCCUCUGCCCCUGCCCUCUGGCCUUUGGCGGUCAGCAGUUUCUCAGCCACCAUGAACUCUGCAUUAUUCCAGGUUCAUGUGCAGGAAAUCAACUCCAACCAGGGGAUCCUUGCCCAGAUGACCACCAGCAGUGGCAGCAACAACAUUCUGAUAAAAACCACUGGGGGGCCAAAGCAGAAGAUCAAGGAAUGAGAGUCUCUACACCUUUGUUUUGGAGUACAAAUGAGAAGGGGACUUAAGUGGUUUUCUCUUGCCCACCCCAGGGACCACCAGUAAGCUCUCAGGGAGGCAACAAAGUGUUGAAGGUACAGCUCAGUCCAGCCCAGAAGGUAAGCUCUGGGGAAGCAGACAACAUUCCUGAGAGGGUAGAACUCUCAGGAUUUGGAGCAGUCAGGUUUAGAGGUGUGGACUAGGUUUUAGCCAGAAGUCAGACCUCUUCAGACACAGGCUGUCACGAGCGGGGAUAUCUCCUGUGUGCAGAAAGUGUGGGCGAAGCUUUA